AUGCGGUCGUUGGUGACGGAUCCUGGCCGGAACAACUUUGUGAUUGAGAGCACAAGAGGUGUGUUUGGUGUUGAACGGAUGCUUAGACGAAUCACGAAUGACGGUAAGUUUUGGCUCACAUAUUCUUCUUCCUUUGAUCUUCUUCUAAGUGAGGACAGUUUUGGUUGCAGGGUUGUUAUUAGUGAAUUUGAAGGUUGUGGAUUAAAGGAGGUUUUUAAAUUCUGUUUUUGUUAUUUGUAUUCAACAUUUGGGUUGAUUUGGGGACUGGAUUUGGCUUAUUAUCUCAGGUUUUGGAUAGGCAUGAAUAGCAGGGAAUUUGUUGUUUUAUGGACAGGGCAGCAGCAAGGCUUUCCUCUGUUUGAAACAGGUUUUGGAGAUUUGGACUGUUGUUUAUGGACUGAUAUGGCAUGUUUUUGCAGCAUAGCAGUAGCAGAAUUUUAG